CGACCCCAUUUUUGAUCAUAACAUCGCCGCUAUUCUCCUUUGCCAAUUCUAGCAAGUUAGCCAUGUCUAUGGUCCGUCUGUAUCAUAGAUAAAGAAAUAUAUGGUCUGUAUAAUAUACCUAUCUGUCACUUUGUUUUGACAGCGAAAGCGGUCAAAAUGUCGGCCCACAAGACUUUUAUUAUCAAGCGGAAGCUGGCUAAAAAACUAAAACAGAACCGACCUAUUCCUCAAUGGGUUCGAAUGCGCACGGGGAAUACAAUCCGGUACAAUGCUAAGAGGCGUCACUGGAGAAGGACAAAGCUCAAGCUGUAAGCUUGAUAUUGUAAUCAUAAGUGUCUAAUAAAUUUCCUCUCGAAAA